AUGUCGGAUCACGCAACACCUGCCCAAGACGAGCUCGGCGGAGCCGCAGCACCAGGUAGCCAACAGGUUGUUCAAGAUCCCAACCCGGGCUCCUCUGGAACAAAUGCCACUGAUGAUGCGGGCGCAAACACCCUUGCUGGACCUUCGGGAGCAGCAGCUGCGCAAACUGUAACAUUAGCUGCCGCGGCAACAGGCACAGGAGCUACAGAAAGCACGGGUCCUUCGCAGACUACAGUGCCUGCCACAGCCACAGCAAACAUGGGGCAAUUGAAGAUUACAGUCCCCGGCCCAUCUACAGAAAGCACAGAACCUCCUGAUAUGACGCUGGCUGAAUUAGCUGCAGCAGACCCGAACACACUGUUGCCUUCUAAUGCUGCCACAGCAAGGUUGGCAACGGGAGGGGGGCUGCCUCUCCCAGCAGCAAACCCGCUGACUAGAGAAACCACCGGAAACAAUAACUCCUCAUCCUCCGGCCACAUCAACUCCACAAAGCGACCCGCAACCACCGAAAAUGGUGAAAGCACCAACUCUGCAAAGCGCCGGCGCCUCGCCCACUACCGCGACACAGUCCCCCCGCCGGGCUAUGGCAACGAUCCCGCCGCCACCUCGUCCCCCUCCCAUGGCCCUGUUGUUACUCAAACCCCUUUCGCACCGCCCUACCAAUCCGUUUUCCUACGACAAAACCCAGACCUUGCCAGGGCCCUUGCCCAUGUAAACUGCAGCUAUCUCACCACCCACGACGCCGCCGACCCCAACGACCGUGACAGCCGCGCCAACACGGCUCCCACCCUCGCGGAACUCAAGGCGCACGCUCGCAGCCUCCUGCUCCUCAUCCGCUCCAUGAGCAUCAGCUCGAGCGCGACACUCACAGACAACGCCGCCUUCCAAGACCCUACGCCUGAGGGUCAAGACAGCGCCUCGAUCCCGUCAGACUUCUAUUCCAACCUCGACGCCUUUGAAUUCCUCAACGAUCUCUCCUCUCCCUAUCGCUGCAGAGACCCCGCCGAAAACGAACCCCUGACCAAUCUCCUCAACCAACUCAUCCCCGACCACUCCCGCAAGAUCCCCGCAUCAACCGAAGCCUGCCCUCUUGCCACCGUAAAAGUCAUUACCAAAGGUAGCGACCUAUCUACCUUCCGCCCAGGCGUCAACCCACUGCCACACUCACAAAUCAACCGCCUAAUGGCCCACGCCGAUGAGUUGCUUCUCCAGAUUGACGCUGCGCUCUCCACAUCCGGCGGCCUCCUCGCCGCCCUACCGCUCGACCUCCCAGCCUCCGAUCCACGCCGCCAGACAUACAUCGGGCAGCUCAUCCACUUCAUGCGCACCCUUGUUGGCCGCCUCCAUGUCCUCGACCGCGACUACGGACAAGCCCUCGGUCUCCUGGCAGGCGAGGCCACCAUACCCGCUGAGCUAAAACUCAACAUCGAACACCCCGGGCAGAUCGAGGCACCCCUCGUUGCUGUACAGCACAAGUUCAUCAUCAACACCGCCUCUGACACAUACAAUAAGAUCUGGCUCCACUUGCGGAACUGCGCCAGUGACAAGGCAGUGAGGACGUCAGGGAUGGGGUUGCUGGAUGUGGAGAUUACGACGAGGUAUAGGGCGUUGAGGGGUGGGAAGACGAUUUUUGUGACCCCUAUCCCUGAUGAACCGAUGGCGAGCGAGGUGGUUGGGCGCCCGACGGUGGUUGCGUGUACUCAGCCUGGAUUUGGGACGCGGACGAGCGAGUGGGAACGUAAGAAGGGGGCGGCGCUGAGGGAGACAGGGGAGUUGAGGGCUAGGGCGGAGAUGGCGGAGGCGGAGGUGGAGAGGUUGAGGAAGGAUGUUGAAGCGUUGGUCCCGGAGGGGGUGUGGGCGAAUGGGGAAAAGGAGGACGUUCUGAAGAUGUGGGGGAAGGUGAAGGCAGAGAAGGAUGCAAUGGCGGGGGAGAGAAAGCAGAUGGAGUUGUUUAAGUCAAGAUGUAAGGUUUUGGAGAAGAAGAAUUCGGAGUUUGGAAUGGAGUUGGUGAAGGAGAAGGAGAAGAUGAAGAAGAGGAGGGAAGGGGUGGAGGAGGGACUGAGAGCGGAGCUUCAUAAGUUGAUGAACCAAGCCGGCGCGAAAUGACGCGGAGGUUGAGAGGCUGAAGAGACAGGUCGUUGAUCUGCAGGCUCAGUUGGCCCAGGCGAAACGUGAAGGCGGUGGCCCCGAAAAAUAACUGGCGUUCUCGAAGGCUGAGGUGUCAAAGUUGCAGAGAGAGGUUAAGGAGUUGAAGGCGCAGGUGCAG